GCCGAGGUUCGUUGAUGCUCUAAAAAGCUAUUAAUUAUCCAUUGGGACAAUUGUUACUCGGACGGUUUCCGACGAAACUCAGCUCGAGACUUGAGAGUUUUCAUCCUCCUCCUGCAAUUCGGACGCCAUUAAAAUGCUGAAGCUCACACCUUCUCAUUCCCUCCACCAACCUCUCUCUCCUCCUUCUCCUCACACCCUCCCUUUCUCCCUCCUCCAAUCCUGCAAAACCCAACAAGACGUCAAACGGACCCACGCCCUCUCCCUCAGGACCGGCGCUUUCGACCACCCUUACAUCGCUUCCCGCCUCUUAGCCCUCUACGCCGACCCCAAAAUCAACAGCCUCGACUACGCCCGCUCCGUCUUUGACCUCAUUCCCGUCCCCGACCUCGUCUCCUGGAACAUUUUGAUCAAGUGCUACGUCGAGAACCAACGUUCACACGACGCCAUUUGCUUGUUCCACGAUUUGGUCCAUGAAUUCACGCCCGAUUGCUUCACCUUGCCCAGCGUUAUAAAGGGUUGCGCUCGGUUGAACGCGGUUCCGGAGGGGAAGCAGAUUCAUGGGUUGGUGGUGAAAAUUGGGUUUGGUUUGGAUAAGUUUGUGCAGAGUAGUUUGGUAAGUAUGUAUUCGAGAUGUGGGGAGAUGGGUUAUGCCCGGAAGGUGUUUGAUCAAAUGGGUGAGAAGGAUCUGGUGUUGUGGAACUGCUUGAUUGAUGGGUACGCGCGUUGCGGGGAAGUUGAGAUUGCCCUCCAACUGUUUGAUGAAAUGCCUGAGAGGGAUUACUUUUCGUGGACUUGUUUGGUUGAUGGGUUCUCGAAAUGUGGGCGGGUUGAGAUGGCAAGAGAUGUGUUUGAUCGGAUGCCGAGUAGGAAUUUGGUUUCCUGGAAUGCCAUGAUUAACGGGUAUAUGAAAUCAGGGGAUGUUGAGAUGGCGCGUCGGUUGUUUGAUGAGAUGCCGACAAGAGAUGUCAUAACUUGGAAUUCGAUGAUUGCUGGUUAUGAGUUUAAUGGCAAGUUUAUGGAAGCUUUGUACUUGUUUAUAGCAAUGUUGAAAGAGGGCCUUGUGCCUAACCACACCACAUUUGUUGGUGCUUUGUCUGCUGUUUCGGGUUUAGCUGUCCUAAGUAAGGGAAAAUGGAUUCAUUCCUUAAUGGUGAAAUGUGGAAUUGAAUCGGAAGGUGUUUUGGGUACAUCACUGAUUGAAAUGUACUCCAAGUGUGGCAGCGUUGAGAGUGCUCUAUCAGUUUUUCGAGCAAUAUCGAAGAAAAAGUUGGGGCAUUGGACUGCAAUUAUUGUAGGCUUAGGAAUGCAUGGUAUGGCCGAGCGUGCUCUUGAGAUGUUUUCUGAAAUGCGAAGAACUGGGUUGCAGCCUCAUGCUAUAACUUUUCUUGGGGUGUUGAAUGCUUGUAGUCAUGCAGGAUUAGUUGAGCUUGUUCGUCACUAUUUUAAUAUGAUGACAAAUGAUUAUGGCAUUGAACCUACGAUUGAACAUUAUGGUUGCUUGGUAUUCAUUUUAUGUCGAGUAGGAAAUCUUGAAGAAGCAAAGGAUAUCAUUGAGGGCAUGCCAAUGAGACCGAACAAAGUGAUUUGGAUGAGUUUAUUAAGUGGUUCUAGGAACUUUGGAAACAUCAAUAUUGGUGAGUAUGCAGCUCAACGUUUGAUUGAGGUUGCUCCAGAGACUAUUGGAUGCUAUGUUGUUCUUUCUAAUAUGUAUGCUGCAGCGGGGAAGUGGGAUAAAGUUUCUUCGAUAAGAGAAAUGAUGAAAAAGAGAGGAAUCAAGAAGGAGCCAGGAUGCAGUUAUAUAGAGCACAAAGGCAUGCUUCAUGAAUUUAUAGUGGGAGAUAAAUCCGAUACUCAGACGAAAGAGAUAUAUGCUAAAAUGAGUGAGAUGAGAGAGAGAUUGAAAUCAGCCGGUCAUGUUCCAGAUACAAGCCAAGUUCUGCUGUGUCUUGAAGACGAGAAAGAGAAGGAAGCUGAACUAGAAAACCACAGUGAGAGGUUGGCAAUUGCUUUUGGCCUCAUUAAUGUGGAACCUGGGAGUCCUAUUCGCAUCAUUAAGAAUCUUCGUGUUUGUAAUGAUUGCCACUCCAUAACUAAACUUCUAUCUGAUCUCUAUAAUAGAGAGAUCAUUGUGAGAGAUAAUAGCCGUUUCCACCAUUUCAAAAACGGGUUAUGUUCUUGCAAAGAUUUUUGGUGACUGCCUAUUUUGUUCCCUUGUAUUGACGCUUGUGUUUCUUUCAAGCAAGAAGCAGAGCAUAUCUCUAUAUUUAUCCAUGUUCAAAGGAGAAUUUGGCGCUGCUGCU